AUGGCAGACAAAACCAUCGCCCAGCAUCGUUCUUCGAAGAACAAAGGUUCGGAGCCCGAUUCACCUGCUGAAACUCACAGCAUCGAAGAAGGCAAACAAUCUUCAGCAAACGGGGUAUUGGAGGCCCUGGGAUACGAGCCUGAACUCAUUCGAAAUCGCUCCACGCUUCAGGUAGCUUUCAUGUCCUUCGUGCUCGCAGCAAUUCCAUACGGACUAGCUACGACUUUCAUCUACCCUCUUGUUGGGGGAGGCCCUGUCAACAUAAUUUGGGGAUGGCUUGCCGUCUCUUUGAUUAUUCUAUGCGUGGCUGCCUCACUUGGCGAAAUAACCUCGGUCUAUCCAACGGCCGGUGGGGUCUACUACCAAACCUUUAUGUUAGCUCCACCGUCGUAUCGAAGAAUUGCCUCAUGGAUCUGCGGAUGGUCAUACGUUGUUGGAAAUAUUACCAUCACACUUGCAGUCAACCUUGGGAGCACUCUUUUCUUUAUUUCAUGUAUCAACGUUUUCGAGUCUGCUCCAGGGGUGGGGAUCUUCCAAGCGGAAACAUAUCAAGUUUUUCUUAUAUUUCUGGCAGUCACAUUUUUCGCUAAUGCAGUAUCGGCCUUCGGCAACAAAUGGCUACCUUAUCUUGACACAUUCGCAAUAUUCUGGACGCUUGCAGGAGUGCUGGCUAUUGUCAUAUGUGUUCUUGCAAUUGCGAAAGAGGGUAGACAUGACGCCGAAUAUGUUUUUACUAGUUUUGAGCCCGAGUCUGGUUGGCUCGCAGGCUGGUCCUUCUGCAUCGGACUUCUACAGGCAGCUUAUAGCACUUCGUCCACUGGCAUGGUAAUUUGUAUGUGUGAAGAGGUUCAGCAACCAUCAACACAAGUCCCAAGAGCAAUGGUCGGAACAGUCAUUAUAAACACACUGGCUGGAUUUCUCUUCCUUAUUCCAUUGGUUUUUGUACUCCCCGACACCAAAGCUUUAGCAGCUCUCGAAUCUGGCCAACCCCUUCCAAGUAUUAUCAAGUCCGCCAUUGGUAGUCCGGUUGGAUCAUUCCUACUUCUCCUACCAUUGGUAGUGCUCGCUCUGUUCUGUGUCAUAGGCUGCACCACGGCUGUCUCCCGAAGUACCUGGGCGUUUGCUCGCGACGGGGGCAUACCAGGUUCCGUAUGGUGGAAGAAGGUAAACAAAGACGGCGUACCUUUUAAUGCUAUGAUGCUUGGCAUGGUUGUUCAAAUAUUACUUGGAUUGAUUUACUUCGGGUCAACUGCUGCGUUCAAUGCGUUCUCCGGUGUCGGAGUUAUUACCUUGACUGUCAGUUAUGCUUGUCCGAUCGCUGUGUCACUUGCUAGAGGUCGGCGACACAUAAAAAAUGGCCAAUUUGACCUUGGCACACUCGGGCUAGUUUGCAAUGUCGUGGCACUAGCAUGGAGUAUUCUUGUCAUUCCGUUAUUUUGCAUGCCUUCUUCAAUCCCUGUUUCUGCAGAUACGUUCAAUUACGCACCAGCCGUUUUUAUUGCGUUUAUACUUAUUGCUUCUGGGUGGUACUGGGCUUGGGGUGGGGCGCAGGGGAUACAAACGAUUGGCGACAAACUCGGCGGGCAAACUUCCAUCUCGAAGAUCCAACUGACAUUUCGGAUAUUAUUCCUGUUUGGUCUAAAAUAUGUAUCAUAUACUUGGUCUAAAUUCGCCGUGAAAAAGGUAGACCGUGAUACCAGAUUCAGAUGGUAUCAUACAAAUAUCUUCACACGAUGGCUACCCUCAACUAAUCAAACUGUGAUCCUUGCCUUCGAUUUCGACCCGCCCCUCAAAGAACGUUUCCUGGGAGCAGUGAUGAAACCGAACGAAGGCUGGCUCAACGAUCCAUUUUGGGUCUAUCCACAUUUAGUCGAGCAGAUUGCGCUGGCUCAGGAGCCCUCUGUAUGGGCUAUUCGGGAUCAUGUCCGACUGGCGGAGACGGAAGUGAAACCAGAAGGAAGACCACAGCCCGACUACAGACGUCUCCACGACAUCGCCCGACACGCAAUUCAUGUGAACGAGACACUAGAUGUUGCCUUGCAAAAUUUAGAGCACAUCUUGAUGCAACAUGAGAGCUAUAUAAACUCGAAAGAUAAUGUCUCCCCUGCUUCUGAAGACAUCCAUCUUCGUCUGCAAUCCUGGCAGUCAUUCAUCAUCAACUUACGAUCUCGGUCCAUUUCGAAUGAAAAGAGACUGCAAAACGAAAUCCAGCUGGCCUUUAAUACUGUGGCUCAACAUGAUGCCAGUGUAACUCUUGAAAUUGGUCGGGCGACUCAAUUAGACAGUGCCACAAUGAAAACGAUCGCCUUUGUUACACUUACGUUCCUCCCUCCUACAUUCAUCUGCGCUAUCUUCAGCAUGUCAUUUUUUGAUUUCGGUGGGGACUCUGGUUGGACUAUGUCGAACAAGUUCUGGAUUUACUGGGUCUUCGCUAUACCCACCACUAUUUUUACAACUCUAGUGUGGACUUAUUGGCCAGAUAUCCGUAGCAUGUUGUUUUCUAAAAAUGAACAAACUUGA